GGCCCGAGCGGAGCGCCGCGCGUGCCCAACCGCGAGGCCAGACUUCUGACUGUGUUGGAGACCGUGUUGGUGUGAGAGCAGUGCUGAGAAAGUGAGCCAUGGAGGCGCCCUUGCAGACGGAGCUGGUGGAGCUGGUGCCUAAUGGCAAGCACUCAGAGGGACUACUCCCAGUUAUCACUCCCAUGGCAGGCAACCAGAGGGUCGAGGACUCCACUCAGAGCUGUGUUGAGGGCAAGGGCUUCCUGCAGAAAAGCCCCAGCAAGGAGCCACACUUCACUGACUUCGAGGGAAAGACAUCGUUCGGGAUGUCAGUGUUCAACCUCAGCAACGCUAUCAUGGGCAGCGGCAUCCUGGGGCUCGCCUAUGCCAUGGCCAAUACGGGCAUCAUCCUUUUCCUGUUCCUGUUGACAGCUGUCGCCUUGCUCUCCAGCUACUCCAUCCACCUGCUACUCAAGUCCUCAGGGAUCGUGGGCAUCCGCGCCUAUGAGCAGCUGGGUUACCGUGCCUUUGGGACCCCAGGAAAGCUGGCAGCAGCCCUGGCCAUCACACUGCAGAACAUUGGAGCCAUGUCCAGCUACCUGUACAUCAUCAAGUCCGAACUGCCACUUGUCAUACAGACCUUCCUGAACCUGGAGGAGAAAACCUCGGACUGGUAUAUGAAUGGGAACUACCUGGUAAUACUGGUCUCUGUCACCAUCAUUCUGCCCUUGGCACUGAUGCGGCAGCUUGGCUACCUAGGCUACUCCAGCGGCUUCUCUCUCAGCUGUAUGGUGUUCUUCCUAAUUGCAGUCAUCUACAAAAAGUUCCACGUGCCCUGUCCACUGCCCUCCAACUUUGCCAAUGUCACAGGCAACUUCAGCCACAUGGAAGUCAUUGAGGAGAAGGCACAGCUGCAGGUUGAGACUGAGGCUGCAGACCUCUGCGCUCCGAGCUACUUCACACUCAACUCACAGACAGCAUACACCAUCCCCAUUAUGGCCUUCGCCUUCGUCUGCCACCCUGAGGUGCUGCCCAUCUAUACAGAGCUCAAGGAUCCCUCCAAGAAGAAGAUGCAGCACAUCUCCAACCUCUCCAUCGCCGUCAUGUAUGUCAUGUACUUCCUGGCUGCCCUCUUCGGCUACCUCACCUUCUACGAUGGGGUGGAGUCGGAGCUGCUGCACACCUACAGCAAAGUGGACCCAUUUGAUGUGCUGAUCCUGUGUGUGCGUGUGGCCGUGCUGACAGCAGUCACACUCACAGUGCCAAUCGUUCUGUUCCCGGUGCGCCGUGCCAUCCAGCAGAUGCUAUUUCCAGACCAGGAUUUCAGCUGGCUGCGGCACGUACUAAUCGCCAUUGGCCUGCUCACUUGUAUCAACCUGCUGGUCAUCUUUGCCCCAAACAUCCUGGGCAUCUUUGGGGUCAUCGGUGCUACAUCUGCCCCAUGCCUCAUCUUCAUUUUUCCUGCCAUCUUCUACUUCCGAAUCGUGCCCACUGAUAAGGAGCCUGCGAGAUCCACCCCCAAAAUCCUGGCUCUUUGUUUUGCUGUGCUUGGACUUUUACUGAUGACCAUGAGCUUGAGCUUCAUCAUCAUUGACUGGGCCUCAGGAACCAGCCGGCAUGGAGGAAACCAUUAGGGUGACCCCGAUCCUGUUCUAUCUACUUGUCCUAGCACCCCUGCCUAGACUCUCCAGCCCCUGCUCCCAUCUAGUGGCCAGUGGGAGGAGGAAAAAGACACAGUUAACAUUAUGGGAUUUGGUCUGGCCCCAUAUCCUCUAUAUAGGAGGUUUUUGUUAAAGAGCCAGGACCAAGACCUUUGGGCCACCACCCUGCUGAACUCCAGAGCUGCAGGGACUUCCUGAACUGGAAGCAGGGAGGGGCUGUUGCCUCAGAUCCCACUCAAGCCACUCAUCCCCUCUUUGCAGAGAUGCACACACUGAAGCCCAGCAGCUGCCUCCUGAGGUCACACAGCCUUAGGGACACAUAGAACUGGAUCUCAGGCCUGCAGCCAUCCAUCCCCCUGCUGUUAGGCCAGUGUCUGCACCUGGGGGCCUUGUCUCCCCCAACCCACUUGUUUUCCCUCCUUCUUUUCCUUAGGCCCAUCAGACACUUGGGCUCAAGCCCUUGGAUAACCUUCUCCCAGCCCCUUCACUGGAGAUCCCACCCUACCCCACAGCUGGAGCCAGCAAGUUCUACUGAGGGCAGGGCUAGUGUGGGUACCCCCAACGGACCCCUGUUCAGUCCCUUCACCAGCCCUGGGGAGGCUGGGACUCCCCCCACCCCAAGAAUGGGCCAUAGCUCACAUUCCACUGCUGGAAGAAGAGAGGCUGGGCCCAGAUUGUCCUGCCCCUAGGAGCCACAGACCCCAGGGGCCAAAUGGGGACAGGGUGGGGAGGCUGGCAGCCCUCUUUUAUAAAUAUUA